AUGACUGUACAGGAGGAGAUCUCUGCAUCAUUGGGUGUUAUGAGGGCUGAAAAACAUGACAAGUAUCUUGGGUUACCGACAGAACUCAGUUACUCGAAAGAAGAGGCUUUUGGUUUUCUUAAUGAGAAGAUUCGGACUCGGACUCAAGGGUGGAGGGAGAAGACUUUUAGUGUUGCCGGAAAGGAAAUCCUUAUCAAGGCUGUGGCGCAAGCAAUUCCUUCUUAUGUGAUGAGUUGUUUUGAGCUACCAAAACAUAUAUGUUGGCGGUUGAUUCAAAAUCCAAACUCUAUUAUUGCAAGACUUCUUAAAGCCAAAUAUUUUCCUAAUUGCUCUUUUAUGGAGGCUGAAGUCAAGGGGGGUGACUCCUACACCUGGAGAAGCAUCAUAUCGGGGAGGGAAGUGUUGAAGAAAGGACUACGAUUUCAGGUGGGUGAUGGAAGUGGUAUUUCGGUUUGGAAGGAUCCCUGGAUAGCGUUACCACUUUCUUUCAAACCUUUUUCUCCCAUAAUGGAAGGGACGGAGGACUUUAUGGUGGCAGACCUCAUAGAUAGGGAGAAUGGAGAAUGGUUACUAGACUUGUUGGAUGAACUUUUCACAAAUGGGGAGGUUGAGAAUAUUGCUUCUAUUCCAUUAAGUCUCCGGGGCGCGGAAGACAGAUUAAUUUGGCAUUUUGAUAGGAGAGGUAUUUACAAUGUUAAAAGUGGCUACUAUGUGUUUAACAAGGCACAAACCGCUUUGGAAAAGGCUACUUCUUCUAUGGCCGUGGAGGGUGGAGCUUGGCAGCGGUAUUGGCAGAUGAUAUGGGGAGCUAAUGUGCCUCCAAAGGUGAGAGUUUUUAUGUGGAGGCUACUCAAAGAGAUUUUGCCAACUAAGAGUGCUCUGGCUAAGAAGAAGAUCCAUAUCCAUGAUUUACGUUGCAUGUUCUACAUGGGGGAUGUCGAAACAGGUACCCAUCUUUUUAAAAAUUGCCCUGCUUUACUUUGUUUUUGGUUAUAUGGGCCCUUGAAGUUGAAUGCCUUGGAGCACCCAGCCACAUGCAUUAAAGAGUGGACGUUGGACAUGCUAGAUGAGUUGACCAAUGAUCAUAGAGACUUCUUCUUUGUGGGCUUGUGGGCAAUAUGGAGGGAAAGAAAUAAAAUGGUCUGGAAUGAUGCUGCGUUCCAGCCUAUGUUUCUAAUUGAUUGGGCUGUUCAUUUUUUGAAUGAUUACCAGAAAUAUCAUCCAAAAGCUGUGAAGAAAAAGAAGAGGCCUUUAACCAAAUGGCAAUGCCCACCUGGUGGUAGGCUGAAAAUCAAUGUGGAUGGGGCUUUUAGAGUGGAUAAUGGUUGUGGAGGCAUUGGUGUAGUGGUCAGGAACGACGCUGGUAUAGGUAUUGCUGCUCUGGCUAGACCUUUUCUACAUGCUCACUCAGUCCUAAAUAUGGAAGCUGAGGCAUGUAGAGCAGGUCUUCUACUUGGUAUUCACCAAGGUUGGUCUGAAAUUGACAUUGAAAGCGACUCUGCCAUUCUGAUUGCUGCGCUCAAUAGUUCGAAGCAGGAUUUCUCUGAGAUCCAUGGUUAUUUGGUUUCAUCGGCAAUGAAGAAGGAUGUAGCAAGUGUUUUUGUUUUUUAA